AUGAACAACAAGCCGAAGAAGGAAAAGAAGCCCCUACCCAAGGCCGUGCAUUAUCCUUUCUGGUUCGGCGGCAGCGCCAGCAGUCUGGCGGCUUGUGUUACGCAUCCCCUCGACCUCGUGAAAGUGCGUCUUCAGCUCCGCUCGGGCAACGCACCCAAAACCAUGUUGGGCACCUUCGGCUUCAUCUUGCGCAAUGAGGCCGUGCGCGGGCUGUACAGCGGGCUCUCGGCCUCGCUUCUGCGCCAGAUGACCUACUCGACAGUGCGAUUCGGCGUGUACGAGGAGCUCAAGCAGCGAGCCACCAAGGAGGGCGAGAAACCAUCGCUUCCGCUCCUCAUCGGGCUCAGCACCUUCUCCGGCUUCCUAGGCGGUAUCUCGGGCAACGCCGCUGACGUAACCAACGUGCGCAUGCAGCAGGAUCGCGCCCUGCCUCCCGCCCAGCAGCGCCAUUACAAGCAUGGCCUCGACGGCAUGUUUCGGUUGCUCCGCGAGGAGGGCCCCCGGAGUUGGUUCCGUGGCGUGUGGCCUAACAGUGUAAGAGCUGCGCUCAUGAAUGCCAGUCAGCUUGCCAGUUACGACACGUUCAAGGUUUUCCUGAUCCAGAACACGCCCAUGGGGGAUACAACGACGACGCACUUUGCGGCAAGUCUUUGGGCUGGGUUCGUGGCGACCACUGUGUGCUCCCCUGUUGAUGUCAUCAAGAGCAGAGUCAUGAGCCAAUCAGGCAAGCAGGGUCUCGUUAGCCUGUUGAAGGAUAUAUACGCGAAGGAGGGAGUAACUUGGAUGUUCAAGGGCUGGGUGCCCGCGUUCCUACGUUUGGGACCGCAAACGAUCUGUACAUUCCUGUUUUUGGAGGCGCACCGCAAAGGCUAUAGACGAUUCAUGGGUAUUGAGGAUUAA